AGGUAAGCUGCACCUGUGACAUUCACGGAGCUUCCUACCGACGCACUGUGGACUCGGGUUGUCCGGACACCAACUGCGCAUGUCCACCCCCAUGGAACGAGUUAAUGCUGAAGCGGACAAGUACAAAGAGGCUGCUGCUGCUGGGGACGGGACGUGCACGGAGACACAGGACCUACCUGUUGUUUCUACACUUUAUCGUGACUUUAGUACUUUAUGAGGACGUUUAACCAACAGGGACUUUAACUCCACGGACUUUCACAGUCCACCGACUCUACACAGUGGUGAAGGCGUUGUGUCCAAAGCCACAGAACUGCCUGGAAAACAGUCGGAAUCUGAAAGCUUUUAAGUCCUGCUCAGAUCAGAUCCAGUUACAGAUCUCCUCCGUUCCGUGUCAAGUGUUGUACUGUACGUUUGCAGGUUGCAUGGUAAUCUGGACUUGAUGCAUGGCAGUUGCAUGACCACAGUAGGUCUUGUUGUGGGACUCGGAGCACAAGGCUGCAGCCAUGGCUCAGACCAUGCAUGUGAAUGGCAACGUUUCAGAAAGAGGACAAAGAUGCUCAAACACAGAGGACGAGAAGGACUCCUACUACGUUGAAACACCAUACGGUUAUCAGUUAGACCUGGACUUCCUCAAAUAUGUCGAUGACAUCGAGAGGGGCAACACCAUCAGGAAGCUGAGUAUCCAGAGGAAGCCUAAAGUGGCCAAACCCUUGGCAGUGCCUCGGGGCAGCACUGGCGGGGGCAACACUCAGGCUGAAUGGACCUCGACAGACUCCUUGUCCUCAUCCAACAGUGACGACAAACAGUCUCCGGUCUUCUUCACCUCCAGGCCUCACGUCUCCGCACCACUGACGCCCACCCUACCGAGGGCCACGUGUGACGUUCCUGCGCACCAGUCUUUCUCGAUCUCCACAGAACAAAAGCAGCUUCUGCCUCCUCCUUCGCCAAGGUUUGUCCCUCGUCACAAUCCCCUGGUGGAGAAGACACUCAUGGAGACACGCCGCCGCCUCGAACAGGAGCGGUUGCUCAUGCAGCAGCACAGCGACCCCCCGUUACCCCGUCGCCGUCUUGCCAGCUUUGGGGGCAUGGGCUCCAGCAGUUCGCUGUCCUCUUACUCGGGCUCUGUCGCCACAGCCCCACCUCUUAACGGUCAUCUUACAAACGGAGACUACAACCCCUACUACCCACAGUCCUUGGGUGGCUCCAUCCGCCACAGCCCAAUGAGCUCCGGCAUGACCACCCCCGUCACUAAUGUCAGCCCCUUACAACUGCACCAAAUUCGGGAGCAGAUGGUGGUGGCUUUGAGGAGGUUGAAGGAGUUAGAGGAGCAGGUGAAAACCAUUCCUAUCUUACAGGUUAAGAUUGCUGUUCUUCAGGAAGAGAAAAGACAGUUGGCGUCUCAAUCAAAAAAUCAAGUUCCUGGAGGUUUUCGUAAGCGUUCCUACAGUGUAGGCUGUGUUGACCAAAUGGAGAACCCGGGCCCCAUUCAGAAAGAACCGGAGCUGCACAUCAUGGAGCCUGAAGCACCGGAGGAGUGCGCUCAGCGACUAGAGGAGUUCAGGCGUCUGGCUGCAGAGGUCCAGGCUCUGGAGAAGACGACCCAGGAUACUAAUGUGAACGAAAUACGGCCCAAUAGCUUUACUCAGAGCCAAACACACCAGAAGUCUGUGGGCAUGGUCACUGAUGAAAACAUGAACAACCUUAACGUCAGACGGACGAGAACGAACAGUCAACACUGUAUGCGGGACGCAGGAGUGGAGACGGAGCGGCGGGAGGUUCGCAGCGCUGCUGUGGGUGUGAGUGAGGCCAUGCUGGGCAUGACGAGUGAAGCUGAGAAAGAGAUUGAGCUUCAGCAGCAGACCAUCGAAUCACUAAAGGAGAAGAUCUACCGCCUGGAGGUGCAGCUGAAAGAAACCACCCACCAGAUGGAGAUGGGGAAACUGAAACUGGAGCUCCAAGCAGCUGGUGGAUCAAACAAGAAAAAAGCAGACAAAGGUAUGAUGGCCCGCCCGGAGAUGUACAACGUCUGUGUGGAGGCCAAAGUUCAGACGCGCAGCCACGGCGUGGGCGACCACGUGGAGUUCAGCCACGUUAGCACAACAAAGACUGUACAGAGUCACACCGUAGGGGUCUCCUGCCAGCCCAGCGUCAGCAGCGUCGCCAUCGGCCCCGAGAUCCCAAUGGACCAGUGGGUUGUGCACAAACGCGUGGCAGUAAUUGACCAGUGUGUAGGUCGACAGGUGGAGACGCACCAUCAGCUGGUCGGCACAGAGCUGAGUGUCUGUGAGGUGGGGAUUAACACAGAGGAGACGGUGGACAGCUUAUUCCUCUGCAAACCCAUGACCGAAGUCAACAAAGAGUCGAGGUCAGUGGGCUGCGGAGACUGUACCAUCAACGUGACCGUCAAUCCCAUCAAGGAGCUGGUGUCACGGGGGACUGACCCAGAAUCUGUCAGCAAAAAGAACUGCGGCAUCACGGCUGUCCCUGAGUCCACAACUCAGCAGACCAAUACUGAGACAGACGUUGCAGAAAAGUCAACAAACACAAGACAUGCUGCGCUGAUGGACUCGUGCACCGAAAUGGAAUUGAUGACUAGUGAUAAGUGCACCAACACAACUGUGACAGAAACCAGGACAGUGGCUGCUGGAGAAGGACUGGUCAAAGACGCUCACUCCACAGUAAAGACACGUUCGAUCGCUGUUGGAACUGCCACAACUGCGGAAUCAGUCAUCGGUAAAUCACACUCGCCUAAAACCAAAGAAUGCGGGGUGGGACCGGUGAGCAUUCACGAAAACUUCUUGGUCGGCUUAAAGACCAGAAACAUUGCAUGUGGCCCCUCCCAGACGGCCGAAUCGGUCAAAUCGGAGCCUGAAACGAGUCAAGCUAAGAACCAGGGAGAGGCGGGACUGGACCAUUACAUUGAACGGGUGCAGAAGCUGCUGCAGGAGCAACAGAUGCUGCUGACGGAGAAUUACAGCGAGCUAGCAGAAGCCUUCGGUCAGCCCCAGUCCCAGUUUGGAUCCAUCAACAAUGAGCUGGUCAGCACUCUGACGUCCCUCAACUCUGUCGUGAAGUAUGGAAGUGCCGAGGACAUCCUCAAACUCCAGGCAGAGUCUGCGGGUUCAGACAAAGAGGUCAGUCAUAAGCUGUGUUUCCAGGCUGUUAAGACUGAGCUGUGUCAGGGAGAGACGACAUCUACAGGUUCCACUUCAGUAAAGAAACCAGUCGACAUACCUUCACCACAGCAGCAUCAGCAGCUCAGUGCAGCUGAGCAGAAGACCCGCAUGGACCUGCAGAUGUCCUCGGCACUGCAUGGGCAGCCAUGCAGCCAGAACACCCUCAAAUCCAUCAUGAAGAAGAAAGAUGGCCGACCAGACUCAAAUGGCACCAAGAAGAACUUGCAGUUUGUGGGUGUGAACGGAGGGUAUGAAACUACGUCAAGCGACGACUCCAGCUCUGAGGAUAGCAGCUCCUCUGGGUCAGAGGAGGAAGAGGACGAAGACGAGGAGAAGGAGUCUGGAGAAAAAGAAGAAAUCAGGAAUGUGGAGGCAGAAGAUCCCAAAGAGGAGUUCCAGCCAGAGGGAGCAGAGGAGGUGAAGAAGAAGGACGUGGACGAAAGUUCAGAGAUGCAGGAAACCAGAGACAGGUAUGAGCUGACUGAGAAGAUGUUGGCUGCGUGCAGUGUUCUCAAGACUCACCUCAGUGACUCCAAGGCCGUGAGCAGCAAAGAUCUGAGAGCCUGUCUGAACACGGUGCAGCAAGAGUGGUUCCGUGUGUCCAGUCAGAAGGCGGCACUGGCGACCAUGGUGGAGGACUACCUGGUGGGCUUCAGUGCCGUCUCCCCCACCGUUCUUCGCCACAUCGUCAACAUGGCUGACGGCAACGGGAACACCGCUCUACACUACAGCGUGUCCCACUCUAACUUCCUGGUGGUGAAGAAGCUUCUGGAAGCAGACAUGUGUAACGUGAACCAGCAGAACAAAGCUGGGUACACGCCCAUCAUGCUGGCAGCGCUGGCAGCCGUGGAGACGCCCAAGGACAUGCAUAUAGUGGAGGAACUGUUCAGCAAAGGCGACGUCAACGCCCGAGCCAGCCAGGCCGGUCAGACGGGGCUGAUGUUGGCGGUCAGUCAUGGUAGGAUGGACAUGGUCCAGGCCCUGCUGGGUCACGGUGCUGACGUCAACAUCCAGGACGACGAAGGAUCCACGGCGCUGAUGUGCGCCAGCGAACACGGCCACGUGGAGAUCGUCAAACUGCUGCUCGCUCAACCAGGCUGCGACGCCACGCUGAGUGACAACGAUGAGAGUAAUGCCCUGUCCAUAGCUCUGGAAGCAGGACACAAGGACAUUGCUGUUUUGCUUUAUGCACAUGUGAACUUCUCCAAAGCCCAGUCACCGGGAACCCCUCGACUUGGCAGAAAGAUGUCGCCCAGUCCCACGCAGAGAGGCAUGUUCGAUUAGUCACCCCGCCCCUUCCUACAAACCCUGUGCUGCUAUUGGUUCACCCUGAAUGCCGCCUUAACUUCAGAUGGACGAGUGGACUUCUCCUUCGAGUCCAAACGCAAGAGAUUUAGAAGUAUUUCAUGAACACGUGUAAACAAACUGUUGGCCUCCACGACAAACCCAAAGUGUCCUUUGAAUAUGAAUGUAACCAGCCGGUGCCUCCAGUCCCAUUAGGUUCACUAAGAUAUUUAUGUCUCAGAUAAUAAGUUUAGACCAACAUUAAUCGACACUCAAUCAUGGUAUGUUACGUUGUUUUGUUUUUUUCCGUUUCUUUUUGCCUAAAUUGACAUUUUUUUGAUUUCCAAAGCUUAGUGUUGAUCAUUCAGGAGCAUCAAACCUUUGUUAUUGUUCGACUGCAGCAGAGUAGACAGUAUACGCAGAUNNNNGGGGCCCCCCCCCCCCCCCCCCCACCAGUCCGUGUCACACUUUUCCAGCUGUUUCCAGCUCAGAUUAAUGUAACGAACCCUUACACACAGACGUCGCGAUUGUGACCGGAGAAACUUUACUUUUCUUUGAAUCCUGUUAUAUCUAUUUAAACAGAAGAAUCACAGUAUUUUGAAUAUUACCUACUGCUACUUUAACGAUUCAUGAAGUUAUAUAUUUAUCAAAUUAUAGUUUUAAAUGCAGAUAUAUGUAUUUCGUUGUACAUACGCUGGUAAGUAGAGUUUAGUUUAUUGUUUUUUUUUCGUCUUCACGUCCAGUCGGUUUUUGUCUUCAGUGUAAACUGAUAUUUCUGUCCAGCUCUCGUGGUCAUCAAGGCGCUGACUUUCAGCUUCAAGUGAGAAUUGAAGUGCCUGACACACUGCCAUAUAAUAAUAAACAUGGAAUAAAGAAUAAAAAAA